AAAACGUCUUACGCGCAAUUUUCAAUUGUAAAGGCACUAAAUUGAGCAGCUUCUGCAUAUUUAUCUGCUGAAAAUGGAUGAGGACGAGGCUCAAACGCAGAGGCUCAAAGCAGCUGUGCAUUAUACUGUUGGCCUUCUCUGUCAAAACAUCGCUGCUGACUGCGAGAAACAAAUAACCAAACAGACAAUAGCAGCUAUUGCUGAGACUACAUUCAGACAGUGUGAUAUAUUUGCCAAGGACUUGGAAGCUUUCGCGAGGCACGCUAAAAGAAACACUGUUACAGUGGAUGAUGUGAAGCUCACGGCCAGGAGAACCACAGCACUGUACAACUACAUUCAGCGGAAAAGUGAAGAGCUGGCUUUGAACAACCAAGAGCUUAAGGAGAAGAGGAAGAAUAGCGCUGCCAAGAGGAAGAGUAAAGACUGAAGUGGAGGAGGAAAAAGAGGUUUAAAACUGUUUAGAGAAGAUCUAUAUGUUUUGAGUAAAAAAA